AUGACAGAAUGUCCUGGACAUUUCGGCCAUAUUGAAUUGUCUAAACCAGUCUACCAUGUGGCCUUUAUGACAAAGAUUAUGAAAGUGUUACGAUGUGUUUGUUUCUACUGUUCAAAAAUAUUAGCUGACACAAAUAGUCCAAAGAUAAAAGAUGUUCUGGCUAAGUCUAAGGGUUACCCCAGAAAGAGAUUAGCUCAUGUGUAUGAUCUCUGUAAAGUAAGAAAACUUUGUGAUGGUGGUGAUGAGAUGGAGAAGAUUAAUCCUGAAACUAAUCCAGAGGAUGGGGAUGCAAAGAAGUCACAUGGUGGUUGUGGUAGAUGGCAACCUAAGAUUAAGAAGACUGGUUUAGAUUUGAUAGCUGAAUGGAAGAAUGUCAAUGAAGAUUCUCAAGAGAAGAAGAUCACACUGUCAGCUGAAAGAGUAUUGGAGAUCUUUAAACGUAUCUCAGAUGAAGAAUGUCUGAUGUUAGGUCUUGAUCCACGUUUUUCACGUCCAGAAUGGAUGAUAUUAACAGUAUUUCCUGUCCCUCCAUUGGCUGUUAGACCUGCUGUUGUUAUGUUUGGUUCAGCUAGAAAUCAGGAUGAUUUGACACAUAAACUAUCUGAUAUAAUAAAAGCUAAUAAUCAGUUAAAGAGAAAUGAACAGAAUGGUGCUGCAGCUCAUAUUAUACUAGAAGAUACUAAAAUGUUACAGUAUCAUUGUGCUACGUUUGUUGAUAAUGAUAUGCCUGGUUUACCCAAGGCUGUCCAAAAAUCUGGUCGACCACUGAAGUCAGUAAAACAGAGGUUAAAGGGUAAAGAAGGUCGUGUGCGUGGUAAUUUGAUGGGUAAACGUGUUGAUUUCUCUGGUCGUACUGUCAUCACCCCAGAUCCUAACUUACGUAUUGAUCAAGUUGGUGUACCUAAAAGUAUUGCCCAGAAUUUAACAUUUCCUGAACUAGUAACACCCUUCAAUAUUGACACAAUGCAAACAUUAGUCAAUAGAGGAGCUAACCAAUAUCCUGGUGCCAAAUAUAUUAUACGUGAUAAUGGUGAACGUAUUGAUUUACGUUAUCAUCCUAAAGCUAGUGAUCUUCAUCUGCAGAUUGGUUAUAAGGUAGAAAGACAUAUGCAGGACAAUGAUGUUAUUGUAUUUAAUCGACAACCAACUCUACAUAAAAUGUCUAUGAUGUGUCAUAAAGUUAAAGUAUUACCAUGGUCUACAUUCAGAAUGAACCUUAGUGUAACAUCUCCGUACAAUGCUGAUUUUGAUGGUGAUGAAAUGAACUUACAUUUAGCCCAGUCUUUAGAAACUAAAGCUGAGAUAUUAAACUUGGCUGCCGUACCUCGGAUGAUUAUUACCCCUCAAUCAAACAGACCUGUUAUGGGUAUUGUACAAGAUACAUUAUGUGCUGUUAGAAAAAUGACCAAACGUGAUGUCUUCUUAGAUAGGGCAGAGAUGAUGAAAUUAGUAAUGUUUUUACCAACAUGGGAUGGUCGUAUACCUCAACCAGCUAUAUUAAAACCCUAUCCAUUAUGGACUGGUAAACAAUUAUUCUCUCUUAUUAUACCUGGUCGUGUCAACUGUAUCCGUACACAUAGUACACAUCCUGAUGAUGAAGACAGUGGUCCUUAUAAAUGGAUUUCUCCUGGAGACACAAAGGUAUUAAUAGAAGAUGGAGAAUUAUUAAGUGGUAUAUUAUGUAAGAAGACAUUAGGAACAUCAUCAGGUUCUCUAGCUCAUAUUGUAUUUAUGGAGUUAGGGUAUGAGAUAGCUGGUGAACUGUAUGGUAAUAUUCAAACAGUUAUUAAUAACUGGUUAUUGAUAGAGGGACAUAGUAUUGGUAUAGGAGAUACUAUUGCUGACCCCCAAACUUAUUUAGAUAUCCAGGAGACCAUUAGAAAAGCCAAGGCUGAGGUGAUAGACGUUAUAGAGAAAGCUCACAAUGAUGAUUUAGAACCCACACCCGGUAACACUCUACGUCAGACUUUUGAGAAUCAAGUUAACAGAAUUCUGAAUGAUGCCAGAGAUAAAACUGGUGGUAAAGCUCAGAAAUCUCUGUCUGAAUUUAAUAACUUCAAGGCUAUGGUAGUAGCUGGUUCUAAAGGCUCUAAAAUUAAUAUUUCUCAGGUCAUUGCCUGUGUAGGACAACAGAACGUAGAGGGUAAACGUAUACCAUUUGGUUUUAAAUACCGUACCUUACCUCACUUUAUUAAAGAUGAUUACGGUCCUGAGUCCAGAGGGUUUGUAGAGAAUUCCUACCUCGCCGGUCUGACACCAUCAGAGUUCUUCUUUCACGGUAUGGGAGGUAGAGAAGGUCUGAUUGAUACUGCUGUCAAAACAGCUGAAACUGGUUAUAUUCAGAGACGUCUGAUUAAAGCUAUGGAGAGUGUGAUGGUAAAAUAUGAUGGUACAGUACGUAAUCAAGUAGAACACAUGUCUCAGUUACUGUAUGGUGAAGAUGGUCUAGAUGGCGUCCAUGUUGAAUUUCAAAACAUGACAACCCUGAAGCCUUCUGAUGCUGCUUUUGAGAAACGUUUCAGAUUUGAUCCUACAAAUGAAAGAUCACUACGUCACUCUCUAGCAGAAGAGAUAGUAAAAGAUCUAGUAAGUGAUGCUGGUUGUUUAUCAGAAUUAGAGCGAGAAUGGGAUCAACUGUGUGAAGACAGGAAAGCUUUACGUCAGAUCUUUCCUACUGGUGACAGUAAAAUAGUUUUACCCUGUAAUCUAGAGAGAAUGAUUUGGAAUGCACAGAAAAUCUUCAGAAUUGACAAGAGAAAACCAACUGAUUUAUCACCUGUAAAGGUUGUGGAAGGUGUUAGAGAUCUAUGUCAUAGAUUAAAUGUAGUAGCUGGUGGUGAUUUAUUAUCAGUACAAGCUAAUGCUAAUGCCACUAUUCUGAUGAAGAUUCUCAUUCGAUCUACACUAUGUUCUAAAAGAGUGGCGGAAGAACACAGAUUAUCACAAGAAUCUUUUGAAUGGCUGAUUGGUGAAAUUGAAGCUAAAUUCCAACAGGCCCAGGUACAUCCUGGUGAGAUGGUAGGAGCUCUAGGUGCCCAGUCACUUGGUGAACCUGCUACACAGAUGACAUUGAAUACUUUCCAUUAUGCUGGUGUAUCAGCUAAGAAUGUCACGUUGGGUGUACCUCGUUUAAAGGAGGUGAUUAACGUAUCUAAGAAACCUAAAACACCAUCAUUGACUGUAUAUCUAGUAGGACAAGCUGCUAGAGAUGCUGAGAAGGCUAAGGAUGUGUUGUGUAGAUUAGAACAUACUACAUUACGUAAAGUAACAGCUAAUACUACUAUUUACUAUGAUUCCGAUCCAAUGAAUACAGUUAUAGCAGAAGAUCAGGAAUGGGUCAGUGUGUACUAUGAAAUGCCUGAUUUUGAUGCCUCCAGAAUAUCAGGAUGGUUAUUACGUAUUGAGUUAGAUAGAAAACGUAUGACGGAUAAAAAACUGACCAUGGAACAGAUCUCUGAAAAAAUUACUGCUGGUUUUGGUGAUGAUUUAAAUUGUAUAUUUAAUGAUGACAAUGCUGAAAAACUGGUGUUACGUAUCAGAAUUAUGAAUUCAGAUGAAAGUAAAUUCCAAGAGGAAGAUGAGGUAGUAGAUAAGAUGGAAGAUGAUGUAUUUUUAAGAUGUAUUGAAGCUAAUCUACUAUCUGAUAUGUCUUUACAAGGCAUUGAAGCUAUUGCCAAGGUAUACAUGCAUCUGCCAUCUACUGAUGACAAGAAGAGAAUACAGAUAACAGAGAAAGGUGAAUUUAAAGCUAUAGCUGAAUGGAUAUUAGAAACAGAUGGUACAGCUCUUAAUAAAGUCCUGAGUGAACGAGAUGUAGAUCCUGUUAGAACUUAUUCUAAUGAUAUUGUGGAAGUCUUUGGUACUCUUGGUAUAGAAGCUGUACGUAAAGCUAUUGAAAGAGAAAUGAACCAUGUCAUCUCUUUUGAUGGUUCCUAUGUCAACUACCGACAUUUAGCUUUGUUGUGUGACGUUAUGACAGCUAAAGGUCAUUUAAUGGCUAUCACUCGUCACGGUAUUAACAGACAAGAAACUGGAGCUCUAGCUAGAUGUUCUUUUGAAGAAACAGUAAGUCCACCAUUAUCUGUAACUGUUGCAGUUUCUGUUUCAAACACAGUCUUCCAGUAG